UCGAAAGCUACAACCGCGCGACAAUAGUGCUCGAUUCGAGUCCCGAUUCCGUCAGUCUUUAUAGUGGAUUCGCGUGACGACCGGCCGGUCGAUAUCAGUAUCUGAGGACGGUGGCGGCGGCGAAACGUCGGAGAAGCCACGGUGACGAGCCACGCGGGUGGGACGCGCCUUCGUUCAGCGGUCGCUUUCAUGCUGUUCGCGCGUACGAGUCGAGGAGGCGCGCGGCAGCUGUUCGCGAUACCGCGCUGAAAUCGAGACGUCGUAUUACUUCCCUUUUAAUGGCUCGCUAUUUUCCGUAUUUUUGCGCGAGACCUAACCUCCUUCUCGUUCGCACGCCUGCUGCGUGCGUGCGAAACGAGCGCGAGUGCGAGAGAAUCGAUCGGUUACCCGGAGGUUGCCCCGUAGCGAUCGGCACGUAAUUCACGGUGUGAUUCGCAUUAAGAUAACAACCAGUGCGCAAACUUUCUGCAUCACGUUCCACGUAUCCUCACCGUUCGACGUAUAAUCGGAGCGACCGGAGGCAGGUCGCCGGUCGAAAGCGGUACAAAGCGGCGAGAUCGGGGAAUUGUUCGUGAAAUUGACGACGCUGAUUGUCGCGGAGGAAAUUCGUGGAUAUCGCGAUUACGCUCUGAAAUUAAGGGAUAGGCGCAACAUCGCUGGCGCAUUGCAGUAGGUGCCGCCCCGAUGGAGAGCACCGGUAAUGAUAAGCAAAACGAGUCGGACGAAUGCGACGUGAACGGGGAUAACAAGAAACAGGAUGAUGACUCGAUGACGGGGCAGGCGGAUGUCGACCGCAAAAUGAAGGCGGAGGACAAGCGCGAGUUCUUGGAGAACAUGAAUCUAAAGAACGAGAUGAAGACGCUAAAGAAAACGCUGUCGGGCGACGACGACGAGGAGGAGGCCGACGAGGAGGACGAGAAAAGCAAGGAAUCCGCCGACGAGGAGGAACGCAAAGAAACAAUGACGAGGAAGACGAGCGACGAGAAGAAGGAGCAGGAAUCGUCCAGCGACGCCAUGUCCACCAGUACGAGCGACGAUGAGUCUGAGUCUAGUUCAGAAGACAAGACGGAGCCGUCCAAGCCGGAAACGACGACGGAGGCCGAAACGACGCUAGCGGAAACGAAGACGGAGGAAACAUCGAAGGAGAGCAUGUCGAAGAACGAGGACACCACAGACGACAGCGACAUCGAGGAUGAUUUGGUCUCGGCGAUCAAUUACAACACCAUCACCUCCUUGGCGGCGCUCAAGGAUAUGCUGCAGUCCUCCGGCGAAGACUCGGACGGCGUGGACAGUUUCUUUCAUCAUUACUUUCUGUCGCACGUCAACCGACUGCCGUCGAGGAACCAGACACAUAGCCCUUACCCCUGGGGCAGGAGAUUGUCCGAGUGUCGUGAGGAGGACGAGUACGAGACCGAAGAAGGGAAGAACAACGACAGUCCAAGCGUGGACAGUAAGAAAGAUGUGUCUAGGACGCAAAUUGAGAAAGCCGACAGUGGUUCGUCAAAAACGUCGAAGGCAUCGAGUCCAUCGUCCUCGGAGAAUUCCAGUUCAGAAAAGAUUGACGAGAAGUCCUUGCCAACAUCCAGCGUUUCGGACGCAAAGCCACCAUCGCCGUCGUUAACCACGACGACGACAGCGACGACGAUGACAACGACAACAUCGACAACAAGCUCGGCGACUUCGGUGACGACGACCGGUAGGUUCACAACGUCAACGGUGACGUCGCCGACUUCGACGACGAAACCGCCAUUACGGAGGAGACACACCACCGGUCCCGGCAUGACUUUUCCCGCUACGGACCCGCCGUCAUAUUCUACCAGCAUGACCUUUUCGAGGACCAGCCCGUUGCCCAGCCCGCAUCUCGACAAGCGCUUCUUCGACAGCAGCUUGAUCGAGAUGAAGAGCCAAGCGAGCAGUACCAGCACUCUUGAUUACGAUUCUACGGAGGAGGUGUGGAUACGCAGAAUGGAUUUCUUGCAGGAGAGAAAACGACGGGAGCUUGGUUCGCAACCGCUUCCAACAAUCGUGACCGAGGACGCGGAUAAUUCUGGUCAUGCUUCUCAGGGUCACAGGCCACGAGCAGAUACAUGGGGAUCGCAUUCGAAGAUUAUCAAAAAGCCGUCUUAUGGAAGUGCGCCCAGUUCCGGAAAAUCGACUCCUCUUCCGCAGCCGACAGAACCGUCGAGCUCGUCGAGUUCCGGCAAAGGUGGUCGAAAGACUUCCAGCACUCGGUCCGGCUCCACCAGUCGCAGUAAUAGUCGCAGCAAUAGUGCGGAACGUAGAAAAAGUGGCGGUGCAGAUGACACUGCCAGCCCUACGAGGAAGCCGGCACUGUUUGAUGCCUUUAGACCGAGGAGCAAAUCAGAUGCCGGCAAGAGGAAACCCAGUAUUAUAGCCAAUAUGAAAAGUGCCGUUCAGCAUUCCUUGCAUAGAGGAUCGCAUGGAAGCUCAUCGGUGGAUGUACAUACGGAGAAGGAGCAUCAUAAAGAAACCCAAAAGGAGCAGAAGGAGAAUAAGGAACAGGGUGGACGGCCUAGAGCUGGAUCCGAGAGCAGCCGGAAUCCUGUAAGCAAAGUUAUGGAUCUCAUCAGGCACAGAAGCCACAGUGCCUUGAGUGCGGAGGACAAGCGGAAAGCGAGAGCAGCCGCGCACCAUCAGUCACAAGCAUCGUCGCAAAGUGCACUCAGAAGAAGUUCCUUGGAUCCUACCGCACGAAGGUUGUCCCUUGGAGCGCCCGCAAUACCUCACAGAGCGUCCGAUGCUUGUUUAGAUCCGAUUCACGCUGCCAUACUCUUUAGGGAUGCACGAGGACUGCCAGUGGUGGAUCCUUUCCUGGAGAAAGUCUCGCUAUCCGAUCUUGAGGAGGAUGAGUCGCAGAUUUUCGUUAAGUUCUUCAAGUUUCACAAAUGCUACGACCUAAUACCGACCAGCGCCAAGCUAGUCGUCUUCGACACCCAUUUACUUGUUAAAAAGGCCUUCUUCGCUCUCGUCUAUAAUGGGGUGAGAGCCGCGCCAUUAUGGGACAGUUCUCGGCAACAAUUCGUCGGCAUGUUAACUAUAACGGAUUUCAUAAAGAUACUUCAGAUGUAUUACACCAGUCCGUCAGUGACAAUGGAUGAAUUGGAAGAGCAUGAAUUAGACACGUGGAGAAAAGUCUUGAAGGAUCAAGUUCAGCCUCUCGUGAGCAUCGGGCCAGACGCGUCGCUGUACGAAGCUAUCAAGACCUUGAUACAAAACAGAAUCCACCGAUUGCCUGUGAUAGAUCCUGAUACUGGAAAUGUCCUUUACAUCUUGACACACAAACGACUACUUAGGUUUCUUUUCCUAUACAUCCACGAAUUACCGAAACCAUCUUUCACCAAUAAAACGUUGCGAGAGUUGAGGAUAGGCACUUUCGAGAAUAUCGAAACGGCCACGGAAGAAACUAGCAUAAUUUUAGCGCUGAAGAAAUUUGUGGAGAGGAGAGUUUCGGCAUUACCGAUUGUCGACUCCGAGGGAAAAUUAGUGAACAUUUAUUCAAAGUUUGACGUUAUUAACUUAGCUGCGGAAAAAACGUACAAUAACUUGGAUGUUUCACUGCGUGAAGCAAACGAGCAUCGCAAUGAAUGGUUCGAAGGCGUACAGAGUUGCAAAUUAGACGAAACAUUGUUCACUGUAAUGGAAAGGAUUGUCAGAGCGGAGGUUCAUAGGCUAGUAGUGAUUGAUGAUGAUGAUAAGGUGAUCGGAAUAAUAUCCCUCUCUGAUCUGCUCUUCUACCUCGUUCUUAGGCCUUGUGGUGAGGAUGGCAAUAGCAAUAAAGGUAGUUCUAUAUCGUUGCGUGCACAAGAUUCUCUCCUAUUGAAGGCUCCCAGCUCCACACAGUCGGAAACGUCGCUCGCCGACGGUGAAGUCGAGCAGGACGCUGCGGAGACAACGGCGACAUCGACGACGGAACACAAUCAGUCCGAGGAAGCGCCCGCGACACCUAGUCCACCGCUAACCCCGGUUACGUCGGAGGUCUCGGAUCCUCAGUCGACAACGUUAGUGAAUCAAACUCAGGAAACAACGUGGCGGGACGUGCUAAACAUUUGUGUUACGGGUGUCUCGGGUGGGGAAUGAGACGCUGACGUUUUCACGUGCCGCCACGCACGUUAGUUCCCAAACUGAAUCGGCGCUGCUUCAACCGCAGCGGCGGAUAAAAUCACAUAACGACUGCGUAUAUUCGUACAUCUUUUCUUAUUGCUCGCGCUUUUCCCCGCGAGUACAGUUGAUCGGUGAUUUCGUGCCGCAACAAGACAUACCCGUGCAAGUAUCCGUUGAAAACAAUUGGACGCGACGUAAUAGUUAACGGAAGGAUUUGCUGGACGCGAUGAUGAUAGAAUGAAAACACGAUGCUCUGUAUAGUGUAUAAAAUCACUUAAGCUUAAUUUUUUAUGGUACAAAUGCUACACAGACAUGCUACACAUUUAGACGUUCGAGCUUUUUGCCAGGGACGAUAAAGUAGCUGCGCCAUGAUUUGCUCAGAGUAUGAUUCUCCCCGCCCUUCUACAAUCGAGCACUGGGAAGAUAAAGCGUUUCGAAAGAACAAAUUUUCGAGGUACAGCAAAUCUUGGAGAUUAAAUCAACCCAACACGUAAUCGUGAUUGUCAUUCUUUAUGCAGAUUGUGUUUUGUUUCACUUUUUUUGUAAAGAGAGACUAGAUAUUCAUUUCGAUCUAAGUACGAUGUGUUAAGAUUGAAAAGACAUCAGAGCUAUCGAAAAGAGUAUUCCACAAUCGAUAAAGACGGACCUGUCCUUGUACAUUCGAGUUCUCGGGGAGUGCUCCGUGUUUUUUUUUAUCGUAAUAUCUGUUGCCGAUUUAAAUAAAUGUCUCUUUGACAUCUUAUAUACUCAUUUGUAAAAAUCCCUUUUUUUCUUUUAUUAAUUUCCAUAUAGAAAUAUGUAAAGUCUAUUUUAGACGAUGAAAAAUUUAUGACAAAAUUCAAGAUGGAAAUGUAUUUAUCUUUUUAUGCGUUAUAUAAUACAAAGAAAAUACUUAAAGAAUCAGAGUACAUGUAAAAGAUACUUUUUACCGCUAUCCUUUUUCUAUGUAUGUAUUCUGAGUCUUUAAAUGUUUUGCUAUACGCCGCGUAAAAAUAUAAGUAAAUUUGUAAUUUGAAUUUCGUCGCGGUUUAUAGAUUGUCUAAAAUGGACUUGAUCAUUGAUUAUUGAUCUUGCAUAACAAAUAGAUCAUUGUAUACAUACUCAUGUAUACAUGCACUUUUAAAUAGACAUGGUGCUUUUAAGUUUACAGAUAUAAUUUUCGAUUAUGCAGUCAUUCAGUAUAUAUAAUCAGUAUAUCAAUCUGGAAUGUUAAUACAUUGCUAAACCAGAUAUAAAUCAAUUCGAGUUGACUUUUAAAAGUCCUUUUUGAUAUUUUAUUUUCGAUGUAUCAUCAAAGCCGAUAGAGAAAUGUCAAGAAAUAGAUCGAUUGCUUUACAAAUAUUGCAAUGUUUGAAUUUUAGGUUAAAAUUAUUACAUCAUUGAACUAUAGAACGAAUGUAAUAGAAAAUUUUUAUAUUUUUCGAAUAUUGGAAAUCAGUUAUAACAGGAUUGACGUUAUUAAUUAUUAUACUUUCGUUAAGUGUUUACAAAAAAAAAAAAAAGAUAUGAUUGGAUUAAGCAUAUUUAAUAGCAGAAAAUUCUUAUGUGAUAUUUAUGUCUAUAAAUAACAAUUUAAAACUGAAAAGAUCGAAGUAUGUAAGAAUACUCGAAUUUUAUUGUGAUAUUUGACCAAACUCUAUAUAUUAUAUAAUCAUUGCUGACACGAUACGACUGAUAUAUCAUUCAAAAUACUGAGAAAUAAGCUUUUGUAAUUAUAUCGAACAAUCUUAAUUAAGAGUACUGAUGAUUUAUCGAAAAGAUGCAUUCUCCAACCGAUUUAUCAAUUACUUUGUUUAUUAACGCGAUAUAUGACAUUAAUCUUAAUCUUUAUUAACAAAUGUCGAAUUAUUCUCUCUAUAAGCAAAAGUAGCAAACAAAGCCCUGUAUAAAUCCAAUUGUAAUUAUUACUCAUGUCAUAUCAUGAGGAAAAUGUAAAUCAUAUUAUUGCAAAGAAAUUUUGCUGAAAUUUGUAUGGAAUCACAUUUUAUACGUGACGAAAAAAAAGGAUUCUUUAAUGAAUUGAGAGAAGCAUUCCUGUAGAGAAUUGAUUCAUCGAGCAACAUUUUAUUGAAACGGUUCUUGAUUUGAUGCAACCAAGCGGAAGACGAGUAUCGCCCGGAAAGGUUUUAUUUGGAAUUACACGAGUUGUCUUUCUAUUAGGAUACGUGAGACGCAAAUCUUUAACUCUUUUUUUUUCACGUAGAAAUGCGGGUAAUGGUAGUUACUCGAUUUUGAAGGGGAUAGUGCCUGUAAAUGUAGUAAAUGUAUUCCUAGACAUGUUUACAUUGGAAUACGCGUAUAAAUAUUCUAUUUGAGAUGUAAGAGAGCGGAAUAAAACAAAGCUAAAAAAAAUACACUAGUAUUAAUUACGAGAGGCGUAGUGCGGACAAAGAUUUUUGUACAGCUGAGAAGCAAUGUUUAAUGUGCUGUAGUCGCAAGCGUUGUUUCUUUUUUUAGUACAAAAUGCGUGCGAUCCUGCGGAUCGCCACGUGUUCACCUUCUUCUACUUAAAGAUAUACUAAAGAUUAUACGCUGAAAGCUACGCAGCGUAUAUACUUGGCUUCGACACAACUUGUUACUUGUUGAGAGCACAGUAGACAAAUUGUCAGAGAAAAUAUUUAGCUCCUCUUCAUUCUACAUAAUAUUAGAGAAAUGAGUCAAAAAGAAAUAAGCGAUUGAACUCUGUGCGCGCUACAUCUAAGAACCAAAAUACGAACUAUCGAUGAGGUAUUAUUGAUAAAUAAACUGUAAAAUAUAAAUAAUCAAUCUAAUACUUAUA